AUGUGUGGGUGCUCCUGCCUCUCUGCUGAAGUACCAAUCAGUUGGCACUGGACUGCAAUGGCGAACAGACGUGAUAUUGAAGCGAUGAGAACAUACACAAGAGACGCUUCACCACAUCACUUUAAGUUGGAAAUAAAGUCGUACUCCUCAUUAUCAACCACGAGCGCAGGAAAGUAUGAAUCUAGUGCCUUUGAAGCUGGCGGUCACAAAUGGAGGUUGGCACUUUACCCAAAUCAAAUGAUAAAUGGACAUUGUUACAUCUCCCUCUACUUGGCAACAGCGAAAUCAAGCGUUCCUUCUUUGAGAUCAGUGCACAGUGGUGUUAGUGCACCGCGUUCUUUGUUAUCAAUAUACAAUGGUAUUAGUGACGGGGAAGACGUUUAUGCCACUUUUAGAUUGUUUGUAUUUGAUCAGAAACAGCAGAAAUAUUUAACCGUCGAAGAUCGUGCCGGAACAUUAAGCCUAUUUGAUCGCGUGACAACGGAGGUGGGUUUUGCAAAAUUUCUCCCCCGCGAUACUUUCGAGCUUCCUUCUGAGGGAUACCUUCUGAAUGACUGCUGCACAUUUGGGGCGGAGGUUUUCGUUAAUACGAGUGGGAGGACGAGAUAUAGAGAAUCUCUUUCCCGGAUAAACAAUUCCAUGUUCAGCCGCCCUUUCCGUUAUGAUUUGCUAUGUGUUUAUCCAAAAGGAUACGGGCAACAUAAGGACAUAUCACUAUCACUUUACCUACGAUCGGCCGACGAUUUGUACACCCUUCCCAGCGUUUAUGUAGAAUUCAGGCUUCGGGUAGUGGAUCGAGCCUUUAAUUUACACCAUAUUGAACGAACAGGCAAACACUGGUUCCUGUCCUCGGACAACACUUUUGGUUGGUUAGAUUUUAUGCCGUUGCGAACUUUAAAUGACCCUUCAAAGGGGUUCCUUAGGGAUGAUAUAUUAUCAGUUGCAGUUGAAAUGCUGGUUAGGCAUGGGUCCUAA